CGCCAACUUCAUUCUGUUAUACGUGAUAACGCGUUCAACAUGGCGGCUUAUUUUGAGUUGUCAGAGUGAUUUUUUGGCGAACAUUUUUCCCAAGCCUUUUUCCUGUGAAACAGUGAAGAAAUUUGCAUGUUUCGGCACCUCUACAGACGCCUAACCUCGAUUGCGUGAGACGGAAGACGACACAGAAAGGGCCCCGAUUUUGCGCUGAAAUGGACGUUCCGGUGGCGCCGGAGACACUCGAUGGGGUGGCCAUCAAGACGGAGGAGCCAGACGUCGAGGUGGCGCAGAUCAAGACCGAGCUGCCGGACGAGGGCGAGGUUGGCGUCAGUGAGCAGGGCGUGAAGCGGAAGACCCAGCCGGAGCCGGUGACGCUGAGCGACGAUGACGACGAGGAGUUCGCCGGUUUCGAGGACAAUGGCUCCAGCUUGGGCGGCCUGGGGCGCGCUGGUGGCGGGAAUCGCAGCAAGCGGAUGCGAAACAACGCCAUUCCGGCCGUGACGAUCAAGCAGGAACUGCCGGACGAGGAGGAGGUGAGCUCGCCGCCGAAGAAGGCCACGCCAGUGCGUCCGGGCGUGGUGAAGCUGGACGAUCCGGCGUUCCGGAAGCCCUUCGAGUACGGCUGGAAGCGCGAGUUGGUGUAUCGCGCGGUGGCGGGAAUCAGCAAGGAGAAGGGCGAAGUGUACUACUUCACGCCCACGUCGAAGAAGUUGCGCACGCGGACGGAGAUUCAGCAGAAUCUCACGCACGACCUGACGCUGGACAACUUCACGUUCGUGAAGGAACCGCUGGGUCUCGGGCCGGAGUACGAGAUCAUCCGGAAUGCAAAAUCCAACGCCGCCACGAUGAAGAGAGCGAGCAUGGCGAGCGGCGAGGCCACCCCGAGUCAGGACAGUCCGCUGGGAAAGAGAAUCCCAAAGCCCAAGGGACCCAAGGGCGGAUCUCCGCCACCAGCCUCCAUCCGGAUCCUCAACAGAAGUCGCUCUUCUGUGGGCUCGCAGUCUCCCUUCGGACGCGGCACGCCGGCCAAGGACAAGGACGACGCCAAGCUGCCCAGCAAGUCCCCACCGAAAGGCACAAGCACCUCCGGCGGUGGAUCGAAAGCCAAAGGGGAGCCCUGCACGAUCCAGUGCGUGCUCGCCAUGGGAACCAUUCCGCAGCUGCAGUGUCGCAAAUGCCUCUGUCUCUACCAUCACGAGUGCGUGGGCGUGGAGCGGGGCGCCAAUGUGGACGCCAGGUACAUCUGCGAGGGCUGCCACGGCGAGGAGGAGAGCGACAAGCCGCCGCAGGUCAGCGCGCCGAAGACGCCGUCCACGAAGGGGAAGAAGGACACUUCUGGCAACCUCGUGACGUGGGUGCCGUCGACCAGCGUCCCGAAGACACGCUCUCAGCCCAAGGCGAUGCCAACGGACGAGACACCGCCGCAGACCAUCGCCACAAUUGCCGGCAGGAAGUACAUCAUCGUGCCCAGGACGAAUGUGCUCAGUAUUUCACCGCCCGGCGAGGCGGCGGCCAAUGGGACGGAGCAAGAGGACGCGAAGAAGAGGAAAGGCGAGCCGACUGGCCAGAACUCUGACAUUCUGCGAGACAGCGUCGCGAUUCCAAAUGACACGGCGAAGAGUACAACGGUCGGCGGCGCAAAGGCGAAGAAGGGUGGCAAAGUGGCGCCAACGCUUGCGGUGAAGAGUGCAAAUUUCAACUAUUCCCACUACUUCCGAAACGUCGCGGUGGGCUACAAUGUGCUCCUGGAGACGUUCCAGUACUUGAAGGUCAAGGAGCUGCUGAGGGCGUCGUGCGUGUGCCGCGUGUGGAACCAGGCGGCCAAUCAUCCCAGCCUGUGGAGCACGGUGCGGAUGAAGAACUCGCAGGUGAACGACUGGAGUGGCUUCGCGUCGGCGCUGCGGCGUCAUGGCACGACGGGCCUUGAUCUGCGCAAGAUGCUGGCGCCGAGCAACAGUGAGGAGAUGUGGGCGAACUUCUCACGCCACAUUGGCUCCGUGGAACGCCUGGAGGCGAUCGAUCUGUGCCGGUGUCCGUCGGCCGUGGUGGAGAGUCUGUUCCGCACGAAUGGGAAUCUGCGCGUGCUGAAUGCCGUGACCAUUAAGGAUGACGUGGUGGACUUGGCGGGGGUGGAAAAUCUCACACGACUGGAGGAGUUGCGCCUGAAGCCGGAGAAUUGGGUGGAGAUCAACAAGGACUUGACGCCGAUGCGGAGUCUGCACAACUUGAGGCACCUCGCGCUGACGUUCGUGAAGCAGCUGGGCAGCGCCAAGGUGGAGAUCCUGGGUGCGCUGACGAUGCUGGAGUCGCUGGAGAUUGGCGAGUGCAAUGACAUCUCGGAGACACUCGCCAAGGAUGUGCUGCCGCGCCUCACGCGUCUGCAGCGGCUGCGCCUGGAGAAGGGCCAGGUGAAUUGCAACACGUCGGCGAUUCUGGGCGCUGUGGCGCCGCUGGAGAGUCUGCAGCAGCUGGAGCUGGUGAACUUCGACAUCAAGCCGCGCUUCAAUGACGAGAUCGCCCAGUGCGUGCACGUGCGGAAGCUGCUCAUUAUUCCCACGUACAUCUCGCAGUCGGCGACCACCAACAACAUGAUCCUCAGCGGCAUGAUCCGGCUGUCCGGCAGCCUGCGCACCUUCACCUGGGUGGUGACGCUGGAGCUGCUGCGCGUCACGGAGCUGUAUGUGGUGCAGUGCGACGCCAGCACAAAGAAGGAGAAGCGCGUGCCGGACGAGAGUAUUCCCAUCCUGAAGCCCGUGCCGGGCAUCAUGGAGGACGGCGUGGUGAGCGGCGGGACGCAGUGUCCGGACGCGCAGCAGGUGGAGAUUGUGCCGCUGAGCAAGGUGGAGAGCAUCCUGCAUUCGUACCUUCCGGAGACGUUCAUCAAGAUCGUGAAGGCGCAGUUCCACACCACCUGGCGCCUCAAUCUCGUGGAGUCCGGCGCGCCGUGAGUAUGAGAGAGAAAGAGAGAGGAAAGGCGCUAGUUUGAUUGAGGACACCCUUUGAGCUCUACCUUCUGAACGUGUUACUAUAGAAUUGUUUCUCCCAGAAAAUAUCACCUCUUCACUCACUGAGA